UUCUGAUUUUGAUACAUUGCUGAGAGAGAGGUGAAGUGAGAUUGUUGAUACGAGAAAUAGCUACGUGAGAAUUCAGAGGAGUGAAGUGGAUUGUAGACUGCGGGGUGAGGGGGUGAAGUCGCGGUGUGAAGGCGAAGGCUUUACUCUUUACGCAUCGCCUAGUUUCUGAUUUUGAUACAUUGCUGAGUGUUGCUACGAGAAAUAGCUACGUGAGAAUUCAGAGCAGUGAAGUGGAUUGUAGACUGCGGGGUGAAGGCGAAGGCGAAGUAGCUCGUGGCGGGCGUCUCAUCGUGGGAUCGCUUAUCUUCGGCGAAGGGAAGGUUUCUCAUAAUGAUGUUGAAUAUGUCGAUAUGGCUCGGGAUCACUUUGAUGUUGCUGUGUUGCACCAGCUGGGGCAGUGCAAGCACUACAAGUCGCUACAUGCGCCGACUCGAAGAGGGUGUGGACCUCCCAGAGAACAGCACUUAUUUCAAGAUUCCAAAAGGAUACAAUGCUCCUCAACAAGUACAUAUUCAUCAGGGAGAUUUUGAGGGGAAAGCCGUGAUAAUAUCAUGGAUCACCCCGGAUGAAGCUGGAGAUAGUAAAGUAUUAUACGGAAAAGCUCCGGGUUCAAAGUACACCACAUCAGUCACAGGAGAAGCUAACACUUAUAGUUUUUACACGUACAAAUCAGGAUAUAUUCACAAAGCCGUAAUCAGCGGGCUUGAAUUUCGAACCAGGUAUUAUUACACGCUCGGAACGGGAGAUGCUGCUCGCGAAUUCACCUUUGUCACACCCCCAGAGAGCAAACUGGACACUCCUUACGCCUUCGGUGUUAUUGGUGAUCUUGGACAAACAAUGGAUUCGGUGUCCACAUUGCAACAUUACAUGAAAAGUUUCGGACAAGCAGUUUUAUACGUCGGAGACUUGUCUUACGCCGAUGCAUAUCCUUUUGACAAUAACGUUCGUUGGGAUACGUGGGGGCGAUUAGUGGAGCGAAGCACAGCAUAUCAACCCUGGAUCUGGACAGCAGGCAACCACGAAUUGGAUUACCUUCCUGAAGUUGGUGAAACUAUUCCUUUUCAGCCAUACAUCCACCGAUAUCAUGUACCAUUCGAAGCUUCAGGUAGUACAUCUCCGCUGUGGUACUCAAUCAAGCGAGGACCUGCCACAAUUAUAGUUUUGUCUUCUUAUUCAGCCUAUGGAAAGUACACACCGCAGUAUCAAUGGUUUUUGCAAACCUUGGAAGCUGUGGAUAGAAGUGUUACUCCAUGGCUGAUUAUUUUAGUGCAUUCACCAUGGUACAAUAGCAACAGCUACCACUACUAUGAGGGUGAAACUAUGCGGGUCAUCUUCGAACCAUUUGUCGUAAAGUACAAAGUCGACAUAGUCUUUUCAGGACAUGUUCAUGCUUACGAAAGAACAUAUCCCGUUUCCAAUGUUGAAUAUAACAUUGUAAAUGGACUUUGUACGCCCAAGAAUGACAACUCUGCUCCAGUUUACGUUGUUAUUGGAGACGGUGGUAAUGUGGAAGGACUGGCGGGAACAUUCACUGACCCUCAACCAGCAUAUUCUGCUUUCCGUGAGGCGAGUUUUGGACACGGUUUGCUGGAAAUUCAGAAUCACACCCAUGCAUAUUUCACAUGGCAUCGAAAUCAAGAUGGCGAGAGAGUUGCAGCAGACUCAGCUAUGUUUUUGAACAAGUACUGGACUUAGUAGAGGGUACUAGCAAUACUGUAAAUAAGCUACUUGCGCCUUGAUGGCAAGAGAGUUUGUGUGUUUGAAGAGUACUAGUAGCAGGGGUAGUAGCAAACUUGUAAAUAGGCUACUUGCUCUUUACUAAGGUAAGCAAAGUUUAUGUGAGUUUUCACACACCUUCAAACACCUCUCCCAUGUGGAGAUAUGGUAAGAAAUAAAGAUAUCUCUUGCUCAGCG